AUGACGGUGCCUUCAAAGAUUCUGGCUGUAGCCGCCAUCUUGGCCCUUUCCCCAACCGGCAUUCUCGCAAAUCCUCCAGCCUCUGUCGACUCUUUGAGCCCUGAGCGCUCUGUUAGCCCUGACACCAUUGACCUUCCCACACGCUACGUAGCUCUACCGUGCAAAAUAACGAUUCACGGGGACCGUUCACCAGGGGCAUUUUUCCGACAGAAUUACGGCGAAGGCUUCGCAGCUCGCGGCGGCACGGUCACGAUUAAACAAGUCACGUGCACAGUCGACCAAAGAUGUGAGAAUCCCAAAUGCUCAGGCCUUAAUGAAGAUUGGCACGCAACAAGUUAUGACAUUGUCACGGAACGGGAAAGUCGCAUUCUACGUCUGCAGGCUGCAGCCAAAGGUGUGGGUCGCGGGCAAAGAGCAUAA